UGUUUGAGGUGUGAUGUUUCCAGUGUCUCACUGACACUGAGAGAACCUUAUCCGCUUUAUAUUCGUGCUGCUGAAAAGAAAUCCUUUUAAUUUGCUUCUCGGUCGUUAAACGGUCAGUGGAAGAUGUAAAUAAUUUCGUGAGACGUUCAUGAACCUGUUACAUGACGCUGAAAGCGUAGUUCCGUUUUAUCUUUUCCUCAAACCUUUUUUUGACUGUCCUCUAGUUUCAUAACUCAUAACUUUGUGCAGCUUGAUCUGUUUUCACCACCACAGCAAAAGGAAUUAGCAGCGAUGGAGCUGAGCUUGGCUAAAAUCAUGAUGCUAACAGGAGGGAUUCUGGUUCUGCCCGUCCUCGCCAUCGUCACCUCUUUCCUGUUCUGGCCUGGAGUGCUUCUCAAGGCAUACAACUGGUACUGGCGUCGUAGGCUGGGACUGGUGGUCCGUUAUUCUCACAGUGGAAGUUACCGCUUCUGUUAUUCCAGUCGUGGGACCCCGGACGGGGCCAUGCCAUCUCUGCUGCUGCUGCACGGCUUCUCUGCCACCAAGGACAUGUGGCUGCCCGUCAUCAACUACCUCCCUAGAGACCAGCAUGUGGUGUGUGUGGACAUGCCAGGACAUGAAGGGACAAGUCGCACCAGUGCCGAGGAUUACAGCAUCCAGGGUCAGGUCAACCGAAUCCACCAGUUUGUGCAGAGCAUCGGUCUGGAUAAAAGACCCUUCCACCUGGUCGGCACGUCGAUGGGUGGGAACGUCGCCGGCGUGUAUGCUGCCUGCUUCCCCUCUGACCUGUCCAGCUUAACCUUGGUGUGCCCAGCAGGCCUGGUUUAUCCCACAGACUCUGAGUUCAUCAGUCGUCUGAGGGAGCUGGAGAACGGCCGCAUGCAGGACGAGUCCAUCCCCCUCAUCCCCAGAACUCCUCAGGAGUUAGACGAUAUGCUGAGACUCUGCUGUUACAACCCCCCCAAACUCCCCCGACAGGUGCUACGUGGUCUCCUCGCCAACCGGAUCCCAAACAACGGUUUUUACAAAGAAGUGUUCAUGGAGAUCGUUGGGGAGAAGUCUCGUCAUUCACUGCAGGAACACCUGCAUCUGAUCACAGCGCCUCUGCAGGUCGUCUGGGGGAACGAAGACCAGGUGCUAGAUGUUUCGGGCGCUGCUGUGAUUCAGGGGGUCCUGCCUCACUGCCAGGUGGACCUGUUGGAAAGCUGUGGUCACUCUGUGGCCUUGGAGAGGCCCAGGAAAAUCGCCAAACUCAUGGUGGACUUCCUGUCUGCACAGGAAGUUGGUGAUGCAAACUCAAAGAAACUUUCCUGAAGAAAACCUUUGGCACCAGAUCAUGGAGGAGUUGAGCGAGGAGAAUUGAGUUUAAUGAAUAUUCAGAUGAUUUCAACUAUGAAGAAAAUGUAACUGAUGUUGGUGAUGAUGUUAAUUUAUAGUUUCGUAAAAAGAGUUUUCUAUUAAAGUUAAACAAACUCACAAACGUAUGACUUACUGUAAGCUAUUCCUGACUUUUAUGUGCUCGGUUCUCACUGAAGACUUAUCUCUGUUAUAAUUUUAUAUAAAAUCAUUCCAUGUGAGGAAUUUGCAAAUUUCUCUGUUUCUUGUUGUCUUCAGUGGCGCUAUGUGAGUAAAGUCUUCUUCUGUAAACCGGCUGCAUAUUUAACCUCAGUUGAAAACUGAAAAGCACAAUACAUCAUGUACUGUUGAUACCUCAUGUGGAUUUUAUCCUGUUUGUUUGUUUAUAUACUGAAGAUAAGUUUUAUAAAUGAGGUGAUUUAACUAUUUUAAUUCUUGCUUAGAUAUUCUUCAUUAACAACUAAAUUAAAACUGAUUGAGAUGAGUGA